GUGACUGUACUUCUUUGUAGGACCAAGUUGUUACAUGAAAUCUGCAGUUUCAUAAUUUCAGGAGGUCGUUCUCUGCUCAAUGGCAAUGUCGACUUCUGGGACUCUGAGCAAUUAUUAUGUGGACUCUUUCAUAAUUCAGGAGGGGGAUGAUCUGGUGCAAUCUAGGUAUGCCUCUGGCUCCCUGACUCAGCCACCCAGGCAGGCAGCACUGGGAGAGCACCCUGAGUACACUCCUUGCAGCUUUCAGUCUAAAACUUCAGUGUUUGCCAGCCCCUGGAACGCAGUGCACCCUCAGGCUGGUAGUAAUACCGUUUACCACCCUUAUGUGCACCAUCAGGCACCGUUAACAGCCUCAGAUGGCAGGUAUAUGCGCUCUUGGCUGGAACCCAUGGCCGGAUCAUUGUCUUUCCCAGGCUUGCCAUCCAGCAGGCACUAUGGUAUUAAGCCUGAGCCGCUCUCAGGCAGGAGGGGGGACUGUACCACGUUUGAUGCUCACACUCUGUCUUUGUCUGAUUAUGCCAAUGGCUCUCCGGCUGACAGGGAAAAGCAAACUAACGACGGUGCAUUCGCUGCCAAUACUGGAGAAAACCUAACAAAUGGAGAGAAGCCUCCCAUAGACCCAAACAAUCCAGCUGCUAAUUGGCUGCAUGCAAGAUCCACGAGGAAAAAACGAUGCCCGUACACCAAGCACCAGACUCUGGAGCUAGAAAAGGAGUUUUUAUUUAAUAUGUACCUAACAAGGGACAGGAGAUAUGAGGUGGCCAGACUGCUCAACCUCACAGAGAGACAAGUUAAAAUUUGGUUCCAAAACAGGAGGAUGAAAAUGAAAAAAAUUAACAAGGACCGAUCCAAGGACGAUUAGAGAAGUGGUUGGAGGGGCUUCCCAAAUAAGCAAUGCUACUGUAUCCAGGCCUCAUUUUAUUUACCCUCUGACAAAAGUGUUUAUCUUGUUAACAAAACCCAGUACCACCACAGUUUUGGUGUACCAGUGCUGUCAAAGAGGUACUGUAUUCUUAAAUUAUUUCAUGAAUAAUUUAAAGGGGCAUUAGGGGUGGGCUGGCAUAGACUAAAAUCUACCUGUUCUAUUCUACAAAAAAAAAAAAAAAACAAAGGAAAAACUACCUUACCAUUGUGCACAACUAUAUACUGAUUGUAUAGCGGAGAUGUAGAUAUUAUUAUUAUUAUUAUUAUAAUUAUUAUUAUUAUUAUUAUUACUAUUAUUAUUUGCUUUUUGUGUGGCAGGAAGGUCUGCUGGUAUACUUGAAUCAUGUGUUUUGUUGUAGUUCAUCUAUCUGUGACGCGAUUUUUGUGCGUGGAUGUUGUACAAAACUGCAAUUGUUUAAACUAGGACUGAAUUGAACUCAGGUUGUUUAAUAUGAGACUAGAUUUAGAGUAUUCGCCUGUAAUGUUAAUUGAUGUUUCCCUAUAUUUAAGAAAGAUAACCUGUUAUUGUUAAAAGUAUUUCGGUUAUGUAGCAAUCAAAUUUUCCAACAAUCUAUAAUUAAGUAUACAACAAGGCAUACUCCGAAGUAUAGUACAUAUAGUCAAUAGUCCAGGAACAAAAAAUGUUGGGGACAAAAAUCCUGGAAUAUGGGAUUGUUUUGGCACCACAGAGCAGAUAUCAAUCUUAAUCUACAUAUAUAUAAAUUGAUAUACAUGGAGAGUUAAGGUUCUACUACCUAGAGCUUGUGUUAUGUCUUACUUGUUCCCUGUAUUGAAGCUACAUUUAUUAGGAAUAAUAAAUUAUACACAAGAAAGUAAAUUGGAUAUAUUUCUAUCUCUAAACAAUAAAAUAAGUAAUUUAUGCAGAACAUGCUCUUUAUAUUUUACAAUAAUUACCUCAUGGC